GGAUGCAAACUAGUUCCCGUCCGGAGUCAAGCUCUCUGCUGCUUCCGCGGGCCACCCCUUUUUUCUUCCCCCUCAGGCGGGGCCUCGGAGUGUUCCGUUCCGCGCCGGGGGCGGGGCGGGGCUGCGUGGGCCGGGGCUGGCGGGUGGGAUAGGCUUGGCAGCCCGCCCGGGGGCCUCCGCCGGACCGCCUGAAGACAAAAAAGUCUCGGCUGGGGCAUCGGCGCCCCACUCCCAGAACCCGGUUCCCCUCUUCUCCCGCGGGGCCGCGUGGGACCCGCGAACGUCGGGAGCGCUGCGGGCCUGGUCCAGGCGGGGCCGCCGUAGCGCUAGCCCCUGUGGCCACCCCCGCGCCUUCCAGCUGUGCGAAAACGCUGGUUGGCUUGCUUUCCAAUCGAACUUUGGUUCUAUCAUUUUAAAAAGUUCCGACCUCCUACUGUCGAGUUCCAUCCCGAAAACCGACUGAGGCUCUAACUAUUUGGGAACCAGGCCGUCUUGGCGGCUGCAGCCCUGGUGUCCCACCUCCGCGCAGCAGGUCGGGCGCCGCGGCCCCGGGAGCCUCGCGGAGAUGAGGAGCAGGAGCAAUUCCGGGGUUCGCUUGGACGGAUACGCGCGGCUGGUGCAGCAGACCAUCCUGUGCUAUCAGAAUCCCGUCACAGGGCUGCUGUCUGCCAGUCAUGAGCAGAAGGAUGCCUGGGUGCGGGAUAACAUCUACAGCAUCCUGGCCGUGUGGGGUCUGGGCAUGGCCUACCGCAAGAAUGCCGACCGUGAUGAGGACAAGGCCAAGGCGUACGAGUUGGAGCAGAACGUGGUGAAACUGAUGCGGGGUCUUCUCCAGUGCAUGAUGAGACAGGUGGAUAAAGUGGAGAAGUUCAAGCACACUCAGAGUACCAAGGACAGCCUGCACGCCAAGUACAACACCGCCACCUGCAGCACCGUGGUGGGCGACGACCAGUGGGGCCACCUCCAGGUGGAUGCCACCUCCCUCUUCCUCCUGUUCCUGGCCCAGAUGACUGCCUCUGGUUUACGUAUUAUUUUCACCCUCGAUGAGGUGGCCUUUGUACAGAAUCUUGUUUUUUACAUAGAAGCUGCAUAUAAAGUUGCUGAUUAUGGAAUGUGGGAACGUGGAGAUAAGACUAAUCAAGGCAUUCCAGAAUUGAAUGCAAGCUCUGUAGGAAUGGCCAAGGCAGCUCUUGAGGCAAUUGACGAACUGGACCUUUUUGGAGCUCAUGGAGGACGCAAGUCAGUGAUCCACGUCUUGCCCGAUGACGUCGAACACUGCCAGUCUAUUCUGUUCUCCAUGCUGCCAAGAGCAUCGACUUCUAAAGAGAUUGAUGCUGGACUUCUUUCCAUUAUUUCUUUCCCGGCCUUUGCAGUGGAAGAUGUGAACCUUGUGAAUGUGACCAAAAAUGAAAUUAUUUCCAAGCUCCAGGGGCGUUAUGGAUGCUGUCGCUUCCUCCGGGAUGGUUAUAAAACUCCAAGAGAGGACCCAAACCGAUUGCAUUAUGACCCUGCUGAACUCAAGCUCUUUGAAAACAUUGAAUGUGAAUGGCCUGUGUUCUGGACGUAUUUCAUAAUAGAUGGGGUCUUCAAUGGUGAUGCUGUUCAGGUCCAAGAAUACCGGGAGGCCCUGGAGGGAAUAUUAAUCAGAGGCAAGAACGGGAUCCACCUGGUGCCAGAGCUCUACGCCAUCCCGCCUAACAAGGGAUUCCUUGCCACUGGUGAAAUUGAUCCCUUAAAUAGAAGAUUUUCCACUUCUGUCAAACCUGAUGUCGUAGUACAAGUUACUGUUCUGGCAGAGAACAACCACAUUAAGGAGUUGUUGAGGAAUCAUGGGGUAAACGUCCAGACUAUUGCUGACGUUCGUCCAAUCCGAGUCCAGCCAGGGCGGAUUCUUAGUCACAUAUACGCCAAGCUCGGACGGAAUAAGAAUAUGAAAUUGAGUGGGCGCCCAUAUCGGCACAUUGGCGUCCUUGGAACAUCUAAACUAUACGUGAUUAGGAACCAAAUCUUUACUUUCACACCCCAGUUCACUGACCAGCAUCACUUCUACCUGGCCCUGGACAACGAGAUGAUCGUGGAGAUGCUGAGGAUCGAGCUGGCCUACCUGUGCACUUGCUGGCGGAUGACGGGCAGACCCACGCUCACCUUCCCUAUCGCCCACACCAUGCUCACAAAUGACGGGUCAGAUAUUCACCCUGCAGUUCUUUCUACAAUUAGAAAACUAGAGGAUGGAUAUUUUGGAGGAGCUAGAGUAAAAUUGGGGAGCCUUUCAGAAUUUCUCACCACAUCUUUCUACACGUAUCUGACCUUCCUGGAUCCAGACUGUGAAGAGAAGUUGUUUGAUGAUACCGGUGAAGGGAACUUCAGUCCUGAUAGUGAUUCCGAUUUGGGGGGAUAUUUGGAAGACGCCUAUAAUCAAGUCACAGAAAGCCAGGACGAACUUGACCAGUAUAUCAACCACCUCCUGCAAAGCACAUCAUUGAAGUGCUAUCUGCCUCCUCUUUGUAAGAGAACCGAAGACAGCCACGUUUUCAGUGCCAUCCACUCCACUUGGGAUAUUCUUUCUGUGAUGGCAAAAGCAAAGGGUUUGGAAAUUCCAUUUGUUCCUAUGACUUUGCCAACUAAAGUUCUAAGUGCCCACCGGAAAUCACUGAAUCUUGUUGAUUCUCCUCAGCCACUCCUAAAAAAGGCCCCCGAAGCUGACUCCCAGUGGCCCAGAGAUGACCGUGGUGAUGUGGACUGUGAGAAGCUGGUUAAGCAGCUGAAAGAUUGUUCGAACCUACAGGACCAAGCAGACAUUCUAUACAUUCUGUAUGUAAUAAAGGGCCCCAGCUGGGACACAAAUCUCUCCGGACAGCACGGGGUCACCGUUCACAACCUCCUCAGUGAGCUCUAUGGGAAAGCUGGCCUGAACCAGGAGUGGGGUUUGAUUCGCUAUAUCUCUGGUCUGCUCAGGAAGAAAGUGGAGGUCCUGGCCGAGGCCUGCACGGACCUGCUGUCACACCAGAAGCAGCUCACAGUGGGCCUGCCACCAGAGCCCCGGGAGAAGAUCAUCUCUGCGCCCCUUCCCCCCGAGGAGCUCACAAAACUUAUCUACGAAGCCAGUGGGCAGGACAUCAGCAUCGCCGUCCUCACACAGGAGAUUGUGGUUUACCUGGCGAUGUACGUCAGGGCGCAGCCCAGCCUCUUCGUGGAGAUGCUCAGACUCCGGAUUGGACUGAUCAUUCAAGUGAUGGCCACCGAGCUGGCACGGAGCCUGAACUGUUCAGGAGAAGAAGCUUCUGAAAGUUUGAUGAACCUCAGCCCAUUCGAUAUGAAAAGUCUCUUGCACCAUAUUCUAAGUGGAAAGGAGUUUGGAGUUGAAAGAAGUGUGCGACCGAUCCAUUCCUCCGCAUCCAGCCCCGCCAUCUCAAUCCACGAGGUGGGCCAUACUGGAGUCACCAAAACCGAGAGGAGUGGCAUUAACAGGCUGAGGAGUGAGAUGAAACAGAUGACUAGGCGAUUUAGUGCUGACGAACAGAGGUCCAGCACCCCGUCCUCGCCCACUGGCACAUCAUCGUCAGACUCAGGCGGGCAUCACAUUGGCUGGGGGGAGCGGCAAGGCCAGUGGCUGCGCAGGAGAAGGCUGGACGGGGCCAUCAACAGGGUCCCUGUGGGAUUCUACCAGAAGGUGUGGAAGAUCCUUCAAAAGUGCCAUGGUCUGUCCAUCGAUGGUUAUGUGCUCCCAUCCUCAACGACACGAGAGAUGACCCAGGAGGAGAUCAAGUUCGCUGUCCAUGUUGAGUCGGUGCUGAACCGCGUGCCCCAGCCCGAGUACCGGCAGCUGCUGGUGGAGGCCAUCAUGGUGCUCACGCUGCUCUCAGACACGGAGAUGAACAACAUCGGGGGCAUCAUCCAUGUGGACCAGAUCGUGCAGAUGGCAAACCAGCUGUUCCUGCAGGACCAGAUGUCAAUUGGAGCCAUGGACACCCUGGAGAAAGACCAAGCCACGGGCAUUUGCCACUUCUUUUACGACAGUGCUCCGAGUGGGGCUUAUGGGACAAUGACCUACCUGACAAAGGCAGUGGCUUCUCAUUUGCAGGAACUGCUGCCCAAUUCAGGCUGCCAGAUGCAAUAGUGCGUCAGCACUCUGAGUCUGUCACUUGCCCCCUAGCCUCACUGGGAACUUCCGUCUGUUACCCAAGAUCCCCUGUGCUGUUGCAAAAGCAUGUCUCAUCAGAAUUACUGGCAGGGAGGAGAUGGCAGUGACUGACCUGAGACCAGUGCAUGUCCAAGCCACAGAAAGAGCCGAUGACUCCUGUAUUCCCCCAAGGAGCACCGUGGGAUCACUGUCUAGGCCGAUUUUGCUGGAACAUUUGUCACAGCAGCUGGGCUCCUAGAGUCUGAGGAGGAAUUGGAAAUCGGUCUCGAGUGCAGAGCGAACUGAGAAGCCAGCUUAAAUUGGCUCUCGCAGAGUUACUGAAAUAGUUGGAUGAGCUAGUGACACAUCUUAAAGACGGAAAGAUCCUUCCAGCAGCAGUAGCUAGAUGAGCGGACCUUGACAAGGGCACCAUCUUAACAGGAUUCAGUCUGUGGACCAAACUGUUUACCAAAUAGAACAAUACUCUUUCUAUGGAAUUCUGGUUUUCUUGUGCUUUGCUUUCUUUCUUGGCCUCUUGUUUCAUUGGCAUGGCUAUCUUCACGUGACAUAAUUCUCUCAGCAAGAUUAAGAAAAUUGCUCCCAGUUAACUUUGGCUUAUGGUCUUCAAGGAUUUUAUCCUGGCCACCAAUGAAUUAAGGGUUUCUCCUGCUAUAUGAAAAAUCCCAUUUUCCAGAGUCUAGCCAAAAAAAAAAGGCAGGGAGUAGCCAACUCUUACAGCUGGGCAAACCGUUGUUUUGGGGCUAGAGCAGGCAGGAAGUCCCUCUGGAAGGCCUGUGCCCCACCUCCCAUGGGCUGAUCACCCUGGCAGGUGACGGUACUUUCCCCCUGUGCUCCAGGGCAGCCGCACGAUGACCACGCAGCCCAAGAUGCCAUGGCAAUUAGUGGUGUGCGCUGGCAGAAACAGCACUUCCCUCUUAUGAUGGAGCCAGGCUGAGGACUCGAGCCUCCUCGUGGAAGCACCUGAACUUAGCACUCUAAGGUGUGUGUGGAGUAGGUAGGUGUGGUUGGAAGCCUUGGACGUCGAGGAGCAAGGACAAAUCCUGACAGGGCAGGGCCUCGCCAAUCUUUUGCCGAUGUCCUGGUGGAUGGAUUUCCCUCUAGGAGAUGUCUUACCUUGGGCGGGCGGCAGGGCAGGGUGAACAACAGGGAAACAGUUUCUGUGAAUAGUGGACCUGGAAGGACUGUCACCUGGUGGCCAAAUGGUGAGCUCUAGCUGGUUGAGUGAUGGGUUAGAUUGGCGAUGACUCUGCCUCUGAAACAGGAACGUGGCCAUUGGAUCUUUGCUUGGAAGUUUAUGCGAAGGUGAAGAAAGCUGAUGCUCUAGCCGCUUUGAGGGGACAUUGCGGUGCUUGCCACCCCUCAGAGUCAAGAUGCAGUACUGACAGUUGUUCUGGAAGCAGACGGAAGGAAGGGUGGCCUCACGUUCUGACGCUGCCUGCUAAAGAGCCUCUCUUCAGUCCAAGCCAAAUACUUUGUAGUCGCCCCGGGAGAGGCGGUCUAGAGCGCGGUCUCAGUGCACUCACGGGCUCGGCGGCGUACAGGCACCGCUCACCUGGGACUUCAGUGCCUUUGUUUUGUCUCUUCGAAACCACAAAACUUUCCUCGCUGAAGUAGUCGUUACAUAAGUGCAGAGGCCCGAAUCACUGGAUUUCUGCUCCGGUGGACUUCCGCCGUCCCUCGCUCCUCUUUCCCCCACUUCCUAUCCAUGUCAGCGUGUAAAACCUUUCUCCUUGGAUCUCUAGAUCCUCCCUCCCUUCAUUCGUCAGCACGUGUUGAAUGCUUUCUGUGUGCAGUUAGAGGAACAUAAAGAUAAAUGAGACAUGACUCAGUGCCCAAGGACCUCGCACUACUGAGGAAGCCCAAUGUGGAAAGGUGGCCGUGCUUUAGUGGGGCAGGGACAGUGUUGAGACACGGAUGUGGCGCAGGGCCGGCAAGGUGGGGCCUGCCCAGAACACUGGCAUUUGCGGGACAGAUCCCAGAGACAGCGUGGGCAGCCUGGCCUGCAGCUCUGGCCCAUGCGGCACCAUGCCUCACCCCCCGGAUCCUGCAGUGCCCUGGAGCCUUCCUGUUGGUGCCCCGUCUUCCCUGGGAAGCCUGUUUGCCCCCAUUUGCCUCUGAGGGUCCAGGAGGGUCAACAGUCACCCAGAUUCCUAGUAGCAUUUUCAUAGCCUUUAUUUUUGGUGUCUUUAAGACACGCUUGACAUAAGCAAGGCUCAUGUAAUUCACGUAAGAAAGGUACAUGCUGUGCAAGUCCCAGCUGCUCCUUGGGAGAAGACUCGGGAAGAGCUACAGCCCUCCAGAAUGAGCCAGGAGUUAAUUUAGAACAUCACCUGCCUGUGGAUGACGUGCAAAGCCACAGACACCAUGUUUGGGCUCACCGACCAAGAUGCAGGCUGGGAGAAGAGCCAUAAUAAGCAAUUCAGAUGAGCCUUCGAUUCACUCCUGAAGCCUCUUUCAAAUGAAAUCCUGAAAUAGUACCGCAUUUCCACAGGCAUCAAGCUGUCAGCUUUGAAGAAGGAGAACAGGCUUCUGAGGCUUAAUCCGUUUGAUGAGCAGCUGAGGCCCACGCCAGGAAGAGCAGCAGGUGUCUCGGCGGGUGGUAGAGGUCCCGUCCUGCCACCGUUCUGGCCUCAGCAGACUGGGCUUCCACGGCAGGAGACCGCCGCCUGGCAGCCCCUACAGCUUCAGGUCUGGGCUGGCUGGUUCUCCACCCCACUGCUCUUUCCUAACUCCCUCCUCAUAGCAGAGAGGCCACUUUUGACCUUUGCUAGGGCUGGGGGGUAGCUGUUCUGUCUCAGAGCCAGAAACAAACAUUUCUUUUAACAUCCUCAGUUGAAAGGCAGCCAGCCACCCUACCUGCUGCUCGCCCUGGCUUUGACCCGGGUAAAUCCAGCAGCAAGGAGGAAGGCUCUGUCUCUGAGUCAGACAGACUCCCCAACACCAGCAGCUCUGUGACCUGGGGUGAGUUACUCAGCCUCUCUGUGCCUCUGUAAAUGUGCCCAUCUGUAAGUGUGCAGGAGGCCCACACCCAGGCACAGCAGUGAGCACCAGGGAGUCAGGAACCCUCCCAACUCCCCCGCCUCUGGCAGUCGGGGGGCCAGGGGCUUCCUGUUCCCCGAAGCCAGGUAUGCCCAGUGGCAACCCCGGGCUGGUGGGGGGAGGAGGAGGACGCUCUUCCUAUCACACAGGGUCUCCUGGGUGGGCGUCUGUCAGGAGGCCAGUUAGAGCUUCCGCACCUCUGCUGAGGCCAAGGGACUGGAAGGAGAGAUUGUCAGGCGUUAGCUGCCUGGAUAGGGAGGAUGUAAAUGCUCCCCAUGUAAAAAUAGCAAAAGAAAAGAGACCAGACGAUCAGGAGGCCAGAGAAACAGUUCGUCAGUUGAUUGAUGCCAUUUAUUUCUGGACAAGACGACAGGAGGCCUGGCCUCCCUGGCUGUCAGUUACAGCAGAACCAUCGUUCAGUUCCAUUGACUGGGGCACAAGUCUGGCAAACAGCUUUUGUCUUCUCUGCUUCCUUGCUGUCAGAGGGAACAAAAGCCCCCCACCCCUCCUUUGAUGCCCUUAUCUUUCAAGGCGAUUCUUCUGCUUUUGAAGUUGCUGCCAUCUGUUCUGUGUGUCUCUGUACUUUGCAUGGUCCCAGAAUGCCUUCUGCUCUCUCAGACUUGGCCACUGAUAGCUCUGCCUGUGAGGGGAAGUAAAGCUGCGUUGUCACCAUCUUAGACCCCUUUGUCCCCCUCAGAAAGCCAUUUAGGAAAAGUCAUGUCCUUGAGUUACCAAGAGAGUUCUCUGAGGAGAGAGAAGGCCUGACACUGCAGGCGGGACUCUUCGAGUCAGAUGCGCCCCGAGCGUUUGCCUGAUGGUUUGGGAGAGGGACAAAUUCCAUCAGCAAACAACCAUGUGUGUGUUUUUAAGGAACAUAUGUGCAAUUUUGGCAAAAAUGCCUUCUGAGAAGGACUGGAACCAUCGAAACCAAUGAACUCUGAAGUCAUGUGUUCAUCCCUCUGCUUUAUUGCAGUAUGUCACGUAUUCUGAAAGAUGAAUUGCUCAGAAAGCAUUUAUCGUGGGCCUACUCUGGGCCAGGCAUUGCUUGGCAUACAGAAAUAUGGACUAGUCUGGUGGGGAUGAAAAAAAUGUGUCUCCUGUUUGUGAAAACCUCUAAGGAAGAAGAUUCUCCAGCCCCCUGUGAAGUGUUCCCAGCUCUGGUCUACCAGGACAGCCAUGCCUCAAACCUAAAUCUGAGCAGCUUCGGCCGUCUCGGUGGGGUUGCUGCCAGAUGCCUUCACCGGCAGCUGAUGCAGCUGAGGUGCCAGGCUUUCCAAAGGGCACGGUUUUGUGUUGUCCAUGUGGGACCAAGCUGCAUUGGCAUUGGGCACUGGGCAGUGGUUGUGCCUGCCUUGUCCCCUUUUUUGAAAGACCUUUCCAGAUACAAACUCAGGAUAGACUUGCCAAGGAGAAAUCCCAAGUCAUGGCUCUCAUCUCUCGUAGUCUCAGUAUCACUGUUGGCCAACUGUCCGAGUUCUUAUUUUCAAAUAACAGAAAGCACCUCUGACUGGGGAGGAUUUCGGAUAAGUCACAUGAUCACCAGGCUUGGCAGCUCACCCACCAGGGACAAGGCCCCACGUCACUCUCAUGGGCUCAACACCCUGGGGCUGGCACCACCGAUGCCCCCACCGCCAGCCACUAAGACCAUCGCCUCUGCUCUUUUGGAAACGAAAUAUAGAGGCUGCCACCUGUCGCAGAGCGGGUCUCAUGCGGCCGCUAGCUGUGCAUUCCGUCUCGGGCAGGUGCGUUGCGUCGGCUGGGGCGGUUGUUGGUUGUGAGGACAGCUGGAAGAGCCGCUGUCUGAGCGUUCCUCCUUCUAAAGUGGAGGUGGCGUUGGCUUCCUAACGUGGGCGAUCCCCAGACCUGGGGAGGGGGUUCAGAUGCUGAGUAGCCAAAACUAAGUGUCCACUAUAGCUAGGACUCUCGGCUUUUAUUCUUUUGUCUGGAAAAGAAGGACCUGUCUCCCACCCCCACCCCGCGCUGAGAGCUGACCUGAGAGGCGGGGUCGCCCUCUGGGGAGGGUUGUACAACAGAGUGAAGAGGAGCAUGUGAGUCAUCUCCCUGCCCCUCUGGGCUCCAGCUGGGAUAAUGCAGCUUCUCUCUUCAGGUCAAAAUGUUACUAAGUCAUAGUGGCUGGACAGCUGCUGCUGCCCGGGCCGCCAAGCAGACCGCAUCCUGCCGCCCAGCUUCCAAGGAGCUGUCACGAAACCUCCCGGCGGAGCCCUGCACGAAUUGCCAACGUGCCUCGCAUCUUUUCGUGACCACUAGCCCAGCCCAGCCCCAUUAGCCUUUUUCUGGACCCUGAGUGACAGCCCAUCUGGGACAAGACGCAAGUGAUAGUCACAUCUUUCCUUCUAAGUCUUUAGCCAGCUGGGGGAUUUAAAAAUAAAGAACGGAACUGAUCCGAAGUGUCA